AUGUCGUCCCCCGCGGCCGCGGACGACGGCGACAGCAGCUCUGACGACGACGCGUUCACUCCGCGCGGCCCCCCGCGGCUGUCGUUGAGGCUCGAUUCCGUUCCGCGCGCGAUGGGCGCGCGCGCGCUCGCGGACGCCAGAUCUCGCGACGACGUCGGGGACUCGGAAGAAGGCGACGACGACGACGGCGUGCUGUCGCCGACGCUGAACUCGCACCUGAGCCGCCUUCGGAUGGCGAACGCGCUCAUCAAGAGCCCCGCGGCGGGGGGAUGGCGCGGCGGCGGCGCCAGCGGGAACGGGAACGGACGAGAGAUGCUCCUCAUCGCGAGGAACGCGCGCGAGCAGGCGAAGGAGAAUGUUUUUCUUCGCGCGCGCGUGAAGGAGCUCGAGGACGAGGCCGGAGAGCGCGACGAGCGCAUACGCGCGCUUCAACACCACGAGAAGCGCGCGGAGAACGCGAAGGCGACGUGCGUCGCGCUCAAAGCGCACGCGGCGGCGCACGCGGCGGCGGCGGAGCAGCUCGCGAGGGAGCUCGAGCGCACGAGGGAGAUCGAGACGCAGUCCUCGCUCGAAGCCGUCGCGCUCGCGCAGAAGACGACGAAGCUUCAAAACGAGGUGAGGGAGUCCGCGCGCCGCGCCGCGCUCGCGGAGGAGAUGAUGCUCGGGAUGCAGCACGAGGGGAUCGCGGCGCUGGAGCAGUCCGAGGAGACGAUGCGCAGACUCCGCGCGAGGAUCACCUCUGAUGAGAAGGAUGAAAACGCACCCGGCGACGCCCCCACGCUCUCCGGUCUGCUCGACCGAGCGAUGCGAGAGGCGUCCGUGCUCAGGGACGCGGUCAUGGCCGCGGCGUCGGAGGCGGGGCGGUGGCGCGCAGAAGCGUCCCGGGUAGACCGCGAGCAAGAAGACUCCGAGAUGGAGCGCGCGCUCGCCAACGCGCUCGCGGAGGUCACCGCGUUGAGGGAGGAGAACGCGUUCCUUCGCGCGGACCUCACCGCGCUUCGGGAGGGCAUCGCCGCGGAGGAACAGGCGCAGGAGGAGGAGUCCGACGGCGUUCCUCCUGAUGUCACGGGGGAGGGGAACGAAGAUGACGGCGCGACGGGGGGGGAAGAGGAGAAGGCGGAGGGCGGGGGCGGCGAGGACGCGCGCGCCGCGACGCCGCCGAGGGCGAAGCGACAGCCGACGCCGCGAAAGAAGUGGGGGUCGCCAUCGUUCAGCAAGCGCUCGAGGGAGAUGGACAAGGAGAACGUCACGAAGUUUCGGAACAUGAACGGCGUCGUCGUGGACGUGUUGACGACGACGACGACGUGA